AUGCGUCUUCUUCCAGCGGUCUUGCUCUCCCUACUUCCAUUGACGACUCAUGCAGCGAAGAGGUCCGAUGUCGAUAAGUUUCAGCAAUUUCACAAUAAAGCUCUAGCAUCGGCUCCCCUGAAACUGGAGGAUGGCAUCUAUAGCCAGUUGACGUCUGCCCCUCGUGACUACUCCGUGGCUGUACUUUUGACGGCGUUAGAAACCCGAUUUGGGUGCGUAUUGUGCAAAGAAUUCCAGCCAGAAUGGGACUUGCUGUCGAAGAGCUGGACAAAAGGAGACAAGGCGGGCGAAUCACGCCUGGUGUUUGGAACAUUGGACUUUACUGAUGGGAAGAAUACUUUUCAAUCGCUCGGCCUCCAAACAGCGCCAGUCCUGUUACUCUUCCAGCCAACCAUAGGUCCUCAUGCAAUUGCUUCAUCGGGACCAAUUCGAUACGACUUCACUAAUGGCCCUCAAUCUGCUGAACAGGUUCACUCCUGGAUAUCCCGUCAUCUCGCCAAUAGACCUCAUCCUCAAGUCAAUCGACCAGUCAAUUGGGUCCGCGGAAUGGCGGUCACCACGGUGAUACUUGGUACAAUCACCUUCAUAAGCGUUGCAUGGCCGUACAUGUUACCGAUUAUUCAAAACCGGAACGUCUGGGCAGCCAUUAGUUUAAUUGCCAUCUUACUUUUCACAAGUGGACACAUGUUCAACCAUAUUCGCAAGGUGCCGUAUGUCGCGGGCGACGGCCGAGGUGGCGUCAGUUAUUUUGCAGGCGGCUUCUCGAGCCAGUAUGGUUUGGAGACACAGAUCAUUGCAGCAAUCUAUGGGUUACUUUCGUUUGCCACUAUAUCAUUAGCUUUGAAAGUGCCCCGUAUUGCAGAUCCGAAGACUCAGCAGGUUGCCGUUCACGUGGCAUCACCGGCUUGA